GUUUGGGCCUUUGAGAAUAGGCCUCUCCCAUCUCUCUCUCUCACACACUCUGUCACACUCUUUUGCUCUUCGCAGAUCACUCCUAGAUCUAAAACCUCAUAAGUAAACUCCGUUUCUUGAUUUUACAGGUUUCUUUCUCGAGAAAGAAUGGUUAUAAACCACUAACACUAUUCGUUUCUUUGAUUUUUGAAUUUAACUGCAAACCCAAAAUGGGAACAAUGCACAGAAGUGGUUUAGCUCCUCGAAGAACAAAUGAAAACGCAAAAGCUGUCAUCACAACAAUUCUAGGAAUCGUGUUUGGCACUUUUAUCGGCAUUACAUUACCCUCACUUUUUUCAAAGAUUAACUUUCCCUCAGCACUUAUAUCAUCUCUUGAUGGGCACUUAUAUUUGUCUAGUCACAAAUCCCCUGAAGAGUUCGGCUCAAGAAAGUUUCCUGAGAUAUAUGUUCCUACGAAUCCGCGUGGUGCAGAACUACUACCUCCAGGGAUUGUUGUGGCAAAAACUGAUCUUUACUUGCGCAGAUUACGGGGAGAACCUAAUGAAGAUUUGAAGAAGAAGCCAAAGUAUCUUGUGACAUUUACAGUUGGGUUUGAGCAGAGGAACCAUAUUAAUACAGUUGUUAAGAAGUUUUCUGAAGAUUUUCAGAUUUUGCUUUUCCAUUAUGAUGGCCGGACAACUGAGUGGGAUCAGUUUGAGUGGUCGAAGACCGCUAUUCAUAUCAGUACAAGAAAGCAAACAAAAUGGUGGUACGCGAAGAGGUUUUUGCAUCCUGAUGUUGUUUCUGCUUACGAGUACAUAUUUAUAUGGGAUGAAGAUCUUGGUGUGGAGCACUUCAAUGCUGAUAAGUACAUUGAGUUAGUUAAGAAGCAUGGUUUAGAGAUUUCUCAACCAGGUCUAGAGCCCAACAAUGGACUUACAUGGGAAAUGACAAAGAGGAGAGGUGACCGGGAGGUCCACAAAGAUACUAAAGAAAAAGCAGGAUGGUGUAGCGACCCACAUUUACCUCCCUGUGCUGCGUUUGUAGAAAUAAUGGCGCCUGUCUUUUCCAGAGAAGCAUGGCGAUGUGUGUGGCAUAUGAUUCAGAAUGAUCUGGUUCAUGGAUGGGGUCUGGACUUUGCUCUGAGAAGAUGCGUUGAGCCUGCUCAUGAGAAGAUUGGAGUUGUAGAUUCGCAAUGGAUCAUUCAUAAAGUGAUACCUUCGCUUGGGAGUCAAGGUAAGUCAGAGAAUGGGAAAGCCCCAUGGCAAGGAGUGAGAGAGAGAUGCAAAAAGGAAUGGGUAAUGUUUCAGAACCGAUUAGCAGAAGCUGAUAAGGAGUAUCUUGGGAGGAUGGUGGUGAAAGAAUAAAGUACAUUUGUUUUCUUUUUAUAGUUAAUUCUAAAAACAUUUUUUUGUAUAUCAAACAUUUCACCUUAUAUAGGUUUAUGAUAAUAUGGCGUGUGAAACCCUUUUUAUUUGUACUGUAUGAGAGUUAUAGUUUUGAUAUUAUGUUCUAUUUGAUUUCUUGA